GUGACUUGAGAAUUAGUCCCGUAGUGAUUCAUCUGCCUGCUAGGUGUCUCUGCGAAAAAAACAAUGGCUACUGUCCUCAGACAAGCUCUAUUCUCCGGGAUCAGGGCCUCCUGCUCCACCCCCACCUCCUCCAUUGUGGGCGUACGAACUUUGGGCACGUCUCGGAACUCCCAUGCCAAGGAAGAAAAAGGCGUGGAUGGCUCGCGUGUGGCCUUGAAAGAGGCUUCCGACGCCGUAAUCGAGGUCCACGACCCUUACCGAGUUAAUAAGAAGAUCGUCGUCCAGGGACCCAACGACUUGGCCCCCGUGGUUGGCGUGCCGGAGGAGCACUUGAAGGAGCGCUCGGUCCGGAUCUUCCGACCGGCCAAGAAUGCCAUGCAAUCCGGCACGGCCGGUGUGCGACGUUGGAAGAUCGAGUUCGACACUCGCCAACGGUGGGAAAACAAUCUGAUGGGCUGGGCCUCGUCCGGCGAUCCCCUGUCCAAUAUGCAAAUCGAUUUCGCCUCCAAGGAAGAAGCCACGGCCUUUGUGGAGAAACACGGGUGGUCCUAUUGGGUCGAGGAUCCUAAGGAACGCGCACCCAAGGUCAAGUCCUACGCUCUAAACUUUGCUUGGAACAGACGUACCAGGAAAUCGACUAAGUAAAAAGCACCACCAGGUGGACGCUCAUAGCAAAAGAUGAUGACGCCAUGAUUGAUUGCUCGAUCAUCCUCCAUCUCGUGAAAAAAAAACAGUUGGCUCAUCUAUAGAAUUUUAUUAUAUAUUUGUCAUUAUGGCCUUCAGGAUUAAAAUUCCACCAGGUA